CAGGAGUGAUUUCACGCCAAGUUGCACUCAUACGACAUUAACAUUUGACAAACAUCACCAGCAGCUUCUAGACGCUAAAGAUAAGAUAUGGAUAUUGAUUGGACUGCGAUAAAUGCUAAGCUACCUACUGCAAGGGCAGACAAGGCUGCAAGGAAGAAAAUGUUCAAUCAGUUUGACCCCAACGGUAACGGAAUCCUCUCACUGGCCGAAGUCGAAAAAGGCAUCAGAGAUGUGUUGCAUAUUGAUGAAAUAUUCAACGCAAAACUAGCUAUCAUGAUGGCCUUCAAACUAGCUAAGAAUAGCAAAAAGUCAAGGAGAGGCGACCUGGGCGAUGACUACAUUGAGUUGAGGGAGUUCCGAGGGUUUCUGCUUGCGCUUCGACAGUAUUUUGAGUACUGGGUGGCCUUCUGUCGCACUGAUGCAAACAGUGAUAAGCGAAUCAGUUUGAUAGAGUUCGUGAAUGGAAAAAGCAAGAUUGAAACAUGGGUGGGACCCAUAAACGAUAUGGAGGCUGAGUUCAAAAAGAUUGACACCAAUGGUGGUGGGUUCAUUAUGUUUGAUGAGUUCUGUAAAUGGGCCAUUGGCAAGAAUCUGGACUUAGAAGAUGAUGAUGACAACAUUGCUGAAUAACGUUCAUGAAUGUUCUAAAAACAUCGUUAAACUCAGUGUUUUGAUCAAAAUUUUAUGCGUAUGUUUAAUAAUGUAGUUAAUGGGCUUGAAAAUAUGUCAUUGAAAAAAUAAUAAAUAACCAAUCGCAUAAAA